AUGACGCUUCUUGCCCAGUCGCAUAUUCCCGAUGCCGACGAGGCGUCGCUUUCUGAUAUACUAUAUGUGCUACUACAGUGUGAAGCGCGAGAUGCAAUGAGGCUUGCGGAACAGAGCCGUGCUGCGAUGCAAGAAUUGCCCGGCGAUAGUCGGCCUGUUACGUACGAUGCUCUCAUUGAUGUCGCACGCUUUUGUGUGGAAGAAGAGCCUGGGUGGGCUGUAGCUGAUAGAGUAGCAUUGCUUAACGGAUGCCCUCUUGUGGACGCGCCCUUUUCUCCGUCAGAUCCACCUACGAAGCGGCUCUCCCGCCUGCGGAUGAAGUACGAAGAACGGUUCCCCCACCUGCGCUUUAUUUCUGCCGUACCACAGCACUCUGCCACGGAACUAGUCGGCGAGCUGGAAGCCCUCUUGCAGCACUCGACUGGAAUUUGCGCUUCUGGCUCGGCACCAUGGCUAGGCGAGUUGGAGCGCACGCUCGAAGCGCUUUGGGACCGCGCCGUGGCGCGCGCGAUCGAAUUAGAGCAAGGAAAAAUUGAUACCUCCAUGCUUACGCCGAGCACUACGCAGGCCGGGGCGGCUGGUGUUGCGAACGGCGAGGUCGACAUGGACGAGCCGUUCCUCAACCUCGCUUACUUCCGCGCAGUCGCAGUCUCUGCGCCAACUUUACAGCAGUUUUUUGAGCACGCUCUUCCUUCGUCUUUUAAGCUGGAGGAGGUGCAUCGCUCCACCACAGGCGCGGCAUUUGCAUGGCACGCAGCGCCUGUCGUAUCGCGCAGUGCCCUGCCAAAAGCCGUGCCUAGCACAACGGGCCCAGAAGCACAAGCGGGUCCCAACGCAGACGGUACAGUCUCUUUUGCUGCAACGAUUCUACACGGCGGCGCUGCAAGCUUGGCGCACGAUACGCCCGCGAGCUACUCGCGUGACAUCACGACGGGCACGCGGGGCAAAGUCGUUGGCUUUCUCGGCAGCCUGCUUGGCGAGGAAGGCAAGACACGCAUGGAUGCACUCGCAGAUCAAGUCGCUUUGCGUCUUCAAACACACUCGGUCAAAGGGCCGCUCCCAAGCUUUGCCGAGGAAUCCACAGGGUCACCAAGCAAGUCAAAAGGGAAUACAUGGGGUGCUGCACUUCUACGGGGCACGUCGGCUGCUGCAGGCGCUAUCGUCGAGCCAGGCACACGUACGGGUCUAGGCGGGCGCCUCGCUGGCGCUUUCAAAUGGUCGUCAGACAACGCCGAUGCACAUCAUAAGGAUACAGAACAGUCUGCGCCUACGGACAUAAGCACGCACGAUACUGAUGCUGUGGACCAAGGCGCGGCCGCCGCACUUGAAAGUCUGCGUGUGGCUAACGAAACACUGGCGCAGGAACGCGAUACGUUUAUCAUAGACGAAGUCGCCCCGCACGAUCUAAGCGCCGAUGCGGACGAGGAGGAGGCCAUGAGCGAUGUGGAGGCCGCCUUAGAUCCCCUACAUGAUUCAGUGUCAAAAGCCGACUCGACCGUUUCAGAAUAUGCAGGUCCCCCAACGGGACAACUAGAGGGGUUGGAGGCACAACGCAUGAAAGGUAUGUAUUGGACGCAGCCGCCCAAAAUUUUGGCAGAUAACUGA